AUGGCGGCUCAUCUCGACUUCGGCGCCUCUGCCUCCUCCGCGACGCCGCCGCAGCAACAGCAGCAGCAGCAGUCGCACCCGCAUCCGCACCCGCACGCCAUGGCCGACCACAACGUCUCGUCGCCGCACCACCCGAGCAACGUCACCGUCUACCAGACGACGGGGCCCGAUGCCCACUAUGGCCCCGUCAUGGCCCCCGGCGAUGCGGGCACGCCGCUGCUCAACCCGCGAUCCUGCGUCACCUGCCGCCGGCGCAAGGUGCGGUGCGACAAGCAGAUGCCCUGCUCCAACUGCCGCCGCGCCCUGAUUCCCUGCGUCUUUCCCGCGCCCGGCCGCGCGCCUCGCCAGCACCGGCCCAAGGACCCCAACGCCCCUCCCAAGGCCACGAGCCAGCGCGAGGUCGAGCUGGUCAAGCGGCUCAAGAAGCUCGAGGGCAUCGUCGAGGAGCUGAGCGGCCAGAUCGAGAUCGAGACGGGCGGCAGGGUCUCGUCCGCCGGCGCCUCGCCUUCCAAUGACGGAUCGCCGUCGACUCAGCGGGCCAAGUCUACCAGCCUAGGCGCAAUGACCUCGGGCCUUGCGGAUCAUGGCGACGGCCACAGCGCCGGAGAUGGGAGCGAAUCGCCAAUGAUGAGGGAGAGCCGGAAGCAGCUGGGCCGAUUGGUCCUGAACGAUAACAAGGGCACGUCUCGCUAUGUGAGCAGUGGGUUCUGGUCGAGGCUGAACGACGAGUUGGAUGCCAUCCGAGAGGAAACACAAAAACUUACCGACGAAGACGCCGAGGACUCUGACUUUGAAGAAUCGCCGCCCAUUGACUCCCCCUUCACCGCCACCAGCAGCUCCGUCUAUGACCACCAUGGCUUCAUCCUGGGAUAUCGAUCAAUCGAUGUCAACAUACAGAAAUGCCAUCCUCUGCCGUCCCACGGCACAUUCCUCUGGUCGGUCUACCUAGAAAACGUCGAUCCGUUACUCAAGAUUCUCCAUGUCCCGACCAUGGAAGGGAUACUGCGGGACGCCCGGCGGAAUCCUGAAAAGCUGUCCCCAGGUAACGAAUGCCUGGUGUUUGCGGUAUACUUUGCGGCCGUUGUUACGCUCGACGAUGCUGAUGUCCGAACCAACUUUAGUAUUCGCAAAGAGGAAUGCCUUGCUCAAUUUCGAUUCGCCGUGGAACAGUCGCUCGCCAGGGCCAACUUUCUAAACACGUCCGACAUCACAGUCGUCCAGGCAUUUGUUCUAUUCCUCCUGGUAGUCAGGCGACACGAUGAGUCUCGCUUUUCCUGGUCUCUCACCGCCCUCGUGGUUCGCAUUGCCCAAGGCCUGGGUAUUCACCGUGACGGAACACACUUUGGACUUUCUCCGUACGAAACAGAGCAGAGGCGGCGCCUCUGGUGGGCAAUCCUAACUCUGGACUUUCGAUCCUCGGAAGAAAUGGGCACCGACUUGGUCGUGUCCGAGGGCGACUUUGACACCCAAUUGCCUACUAGCAUCAACGACACCGACAUUACCCCCACGGGCACCCAAUACCCAGUGGCAAGGGAAGGAAAGUCGGACACGACUAUUUCUCUCGUGAGGUUCGAGGUCUGCGCCAUGUCACGACGCUUAUCCGAGGCGGCCAACAGCAAGAACUCAUCUGCCAAGGGCGAAAGCGAAGGAAUCGCCGAAAAGGAGCAGCUGCUCCUCGAGUUCUACAAGAGGAUCGAAGACAAGUUCCUCUCGCACCUGGACGAGGACGUUGACGCGCUGUACUGGGUUGCAGCCAUGAUAUCACGCAUCAUCAUGGCCAAGAUGUGCCUCAUCAUCUACCAGCCGAUGCUCUUUCCAGGAACGGGCAGCGAGCCUACGGCGGAAAUCCGAGACCGGAUUUACAUUGCCUCGAUUGAGAUUGUCGAGUACAACCACAAACUGAACCUGGACCCCAGAGGCAAGCAGUAUCGGUGGCUGUUUCGGACCUACACCAAUUGGCCCGCGAUUGCUUAUAUCCUGGUGGAGACGUGCCGCCGUCCUUGGUCGGCCCUUGUCCAGCGCGGCUGGGAGGCCGUCGUCAGAUACGACAAGGACCUCACAGAAAACAUGAAGACGGCCGAUCACGCCUCCGUGUUCCUCCCGCUGCGCAAACUGUUCACCAGAGCCAAGAGAUAUCAAACAAUGGAGGUGGCGCGUCUCAGGGCCAACCCUGAAGAGGCCAGGCGCCUGGAUCUCGCGGAGAGGAUCAAGGCAUCCCAGGCGCGAUUCGAUCCGAUCCCGGGCGCCGAGGCGAGGAUGCAGCAGGUCAGAGACCGAUGGAGAACGAUGGUCAAUCUGGAAGGGGCCAUCCCAGCCCCUCCAAUAGAACAAGCACCCAUGGUGCCUCCUGUAUCUGAAGAGGCUCAUCCACCAUCUCAGCAGACACAUACCGACCCCGGACAGCUCUACCAACAGUCGCAGAUCCAGCCUCAGGUCAGUGGCGAAAGUUCAGUCCCCAUGGACCUCUCCAAUGUCACCAUGGAGUACAUGAACGCCAUUAUGGCGCACCCCAGCGUCCCCAUGGCCGAGCUCUGGUCGGUGUCGUUGGGAGAAGACCCGGCCAUGAGUAUGGACGGAGGGCCGCAGGGCCAGGACAACAUGCUCGGCCAGCAGCCGAUGAUGGCGACAAACCCGCAGCAAGCCAAGGGCGAGCAUCAUGUUCCGCCCUAUCUCUGGCCUGAGUCCUUUGCGACGCCCAGUCAGAAGUUUGACCUGGAAGAUGCGGACAUGCUGGGGGCUGACUUUAACUGGCAUGACUGGAGCCAGAGCGUCCGCGGCCUGAUGGAUGGGGGGCAGCCGAAGCCGGGGUGGUGA